GGUGCAGCGUGCCAUACCUCAAAAAAGGCUAUAAAAUGGAUGGUAGAAAAUAAGGUACCACUUUUGAAAUGGGUUUCUAGCAGUCCAGAUCUGUCACCUAUUGAAACUUUGUGGCACGAGAUGAAAAAGGUUCUACGACAACAUCCUGCUCGUACAAUCACCGAACUGAGACAAAAGCUUCAAGAAAUCUGAGAUUGUUUUACACCAAAUUUUUGCCAAAACUUGGUGAUGUUACCCAAUGGUAAUCUUUCAAUUGUUGCUUU